UCAGAUCAGCCUCGCGGCUGUCACGUUCCCCUUGUCGAGUGCGAAUCAUCCGGUUGACCGGCUGACGAGAUCAGGUGCGCGCCCUCUCGACGAGCCAUGCCGGUCGUGAGGAUCUAAAUCAACGGUCAACCAAAUUCCUCUUCCACGACGUUAAACAUGAGUAACGUCAUCCUUUCCUACGUUCAUCGCGGGGCAGCAACAAUCCACAACAACAACACGGGUGUGUCGUCUAGUAACGAAUCGCCCCGAUACGGUGCGAUCAAGUGUGUCAGUCGCUUCGCCGAGGGUCAAGUAUGUCGGCGCUCUCGUAGGUGUUAAGCACGCAGGUCAACAUGCACGCACGUCGACCAAUCGGCAGGGAAAUGUCCGCGGUGGUGGAUACCCUGGACAAGAUCGCCGCCUGCAACGGCGGGGACGAUGUUGUGCCGGUGAUGAUGCAGCCCACCACGAGAGGUGGACUGAGGGUCUACAAGAUCGUGGUGCUGGGCGAUGGUGGUGUCGGCAAAUCAGCUGUUACUCUGCAGUUUGUCAGUCACAGGUUCCUCAACUAUCACGAUCCCACUAUAGAGGAUUCGUAUCAGAAACAAGCGGUUAUCGAUGGCGAGGCGGCUUUGCUGGAUAUUCUGGACACAGCUGGACAGGUUCGAGAUUCUUAUGUGGAAUUUACGGCGAUGCGCGAGCAAUACAUGAGAUGCGGCGAAGGUUUCAUGAUAUGCUACUCGGUGACAGAUAGGCACAGCUUCCAAGAGACGAUGGAGUAUAGGAAACUAAUAUCACGCGUGCGUGCCAACGAGGACAUUCCUCUAGUACUAGUCGGCAAUAAGUGUGAUCUCCAACAGCAGCGAAAGGUGACCCCGGAGGAGGGGAAGGCAUUGGCGGAGGAACUUGGCUGUCCAUUUUACGAGACAUCGGCUGCUCUCCGACAAUUCAUAGAUGAUGCAUUUUUUUCCCUGGUCAGGCAAAUACGCGCUAAAGAGAGAUCCCGCAACUCGCAUCGCAAACGCAGCCGUUGGUGGCGAAUCCGUUCGAUAUUCGCUUUUAUCUUUCGACGAAAACAGAGGCACGCUUUGCACUAUUCGCCCUAAGAAAAAAAAAGAAAAAAAAACUGCGAAGUUUCGAUAACGAGAUCUUCUAGUAGUGAGACUAUUGAAUGUAUUGAAUACCAAUAGAGAAUACUAAUAGCAAUGACGAGAGUAAUAUCGUAGCAAAGAUCACACAACGAAGUAGAUAUUACCGAUAAUAUUUUUUUGUUCAUACGCUAUAUAAUUUCCCUUCUUUAGAGACUGAUGAUUCGUUAACAUCUCACUGCCUUAUUGUUGACCCCCGCGGAUGCAUUCAUCAAUGCACUCUAAUAAUAAAUUGAAAUUGCAAACAGAAGAGAGAGACUGGAAUAAUGCACACUUGUAUUUAUCUGAGAUGUGAGAUCUUAAAUUAAUCCAUUAUUCACGUAUGCUGCUCAACAUGGAAACAUAAAACAUG